AUGUCUGCCCCACACCAGUACCCAAUUGUAGCUGAAUACUUUGAAGACGUGUCCGAAGACCCUAAGAAGCCAGAGUACAGAUGUAUAGUUUGUGCACGAAAAAGUUUUAAAUCCUACGAAGACCAUGCUAAGCGGCCACACCACAAAGCCAUGGUGGCCAAGUUUCUGGAGCGUCAAGCGGGGAUGACGAGUUUGAAUCCGGCUCUUUCUAGUACGAUAUCGGGAUCUGGCGUCGCUGGAGCAAUGGAUUGGACCAGUGAUAACGACACUGAACAAUUUCCACCUGAGGAUGAAGCACCUCCACCCACCCGCUCAAAUUCAAUCUCGAUAUGGGAUCAAGAUGACUCGGGUCUCUUUGAGAACCCAGCUGAUGUUGAAAUUGAAGUCGAGUCUGUUGUUGAAGAAAGGCCAGACUUGAUCUGGGAUGCUCUUUACAAUAUCGGACUCGGUCCAGAUGAGGAUGAUAUUAAUCAUGGCUUAGCUGGUGAUGAUACAGGACUGGAGGAACAGGAAGAUGAAGUCGAGUAUGAAAAAGAUGAUAGAGAACAGGAUGAUUAUGAAUCCGAUGAAUGGUAUCCUUUUAAGAAGAAGGAGGCACUACUCGUCAUGUGA